AUGAGAACCCAUGCAAAUUUGGCCUUCGUUCAGUCUGUUGGAAGGCAAACCUUUCUGCUCUUCCAGACCACCGAGACCACCGGAUGGUCACGGGCUUUGAUCGAUUCUAGAAGUGCAUAUAGCUCCCUCAGAGAGCAUCUUUUAAGAUAUAUCGAAAAUCCCGAUGCACUUGGCUCUGCGUUAGAUCCCUUAGAUGAUGACCAGAACUCUCCUUGGAACACCUUGCGGCAGGAUGAAGAACUCAGAGCGGAAAUAUUUCAGGACAUUCAACGAUGCAUGCAAGAGGAACCAUAUUUCCGUCAACCUCGUACACAACGGAUCAUGUUAGACAUCCUGUUCGUUUUCUGCAAGAUUAAUCAAGAUGUGGGAUACCGACAAGGUAUGCAUGAGCUCUUGGCUCCUAUUUUGUGGGUAAUCGAUCAAGAUGCCAUCGACUUGGCCAAUAGCAACGACCAAGGUUCGGGUUCAGAGACAGAUUCGCUGCUGAAACAGAUCCUUGACCCGGCCUACAUUGAACAUGACGCGUUUACACUCCUGUCCUUGAUCAUGAGAACAGCCAAGUCUUUCUAUGAACUUGGAGAGACGGAUCUGAGAUCAAACGCACCUUCAGUUGAGUCUGGAACCCCACAACAGAAAGUUUCUCCCAUUGUAGAGAGAAGCGAACGGAUACACGAGGUUUACCUAGCACGUGUGGAUCCCGAACUGGCAAAACAUCUUACGAAUAUAGAAGUAUUACCUCAAAUCUUCUUAAUACGUUGGAUCAGGCUCCUCUUUGGAAGAGAAUUUCCGUUUGAUGACCUACUAGCUCUGUGGGACGUUUUGCUCGCUGAAGAUCCUGAGCUGGACCUUGUAGAUAUGGUUUGUGUUGCUAUGCUCUUAAGAAUACGAUGGCAGUUGCUAGAAGCCAACUACUCGGUUGCUUUGAUGCUGUUGUUGAAGUAUCCUUCCCCUUCUCGACCACAUGACCCACGAACUUUUGUGGAUGAUGCAAUAUAUCUUCGAAACAAUUUCAGUGCCGCAGGCGGUGCUACACUCAUCGCCAAGUACAGUGGAAAGUCUCCCCCAGUAUACUCCUCGGCCUCUCGACCAUCAACCCCUUUGGGUGAGGGAGUUGGCCAGAAACACAAAUUGUGGAGAGCAAGGUCGCCCCUACAGACACCUGUGCGGUUUCUCCAACAGCAAGGUGGUGUAGAAGCGUUAUUUCAGGGUGCUGCCAAGGGCGUCUUUGAUAGAGGAGAGAGACUCGGUAUUAACCAAGCAGUCCGAGAUGCAGUUGGAGAGGUUAAGAAGAACAUGAAAGGGCUCCAUGCAUCGAGGAUUACCUCGCCGUCAAGAAGGACUUCGGAUAUGAUGAGGUGGUCACUUGAUGAAGGGCGAUCCGUUCCAUCCCAAAACACAUUUGAAUCUGCAAUGAAAACCCGAAACCAGCAGCUGGCACUCAUGCUUGAUGAGGCAAUGGCUGAUCUCAGAGAUUUAUCUGUGUCUACCGAUGACGAUAAAGACAAGUACAUCAAAGGCAUAGAUCUUGCGAUUGCCAAAAUCGGUUUUGUUAAGGUCUACUUGGAGGACUCAGAAAUACCUCUCCCAUUUUCACCAUCAAAUCUUGCUCCAGAAAGUCCCUCCUCCUCGAUAGCAAAGAUUAGCCCGAAAUCUCCAGAACAAGCCCCCUCACAACGCCCAGCACCGACCCGAGUCACGACAACCGCAGGUCACAAGUUGAAAACGGCCUCAUCAAGUGACUUAUCGCUGCCAUCUACUCCGACCCCCGAGAGCCUUACGGGGGAAAACAGUCCAGCUGUCCAGAGUUCAUCAGACGUAGUUCAGGAUCCACUUUCCAAGACUCCGGUUGAGCCCGCAGAAGAUAUUAGACCUCCAAGCAGACCCAUAUCAUCGCUACCAACACGAUCAAGCAUAGCGCAGUCAAACUUUAGCUGGAUGUUAGAGCCGGACGACUCCGCAGCAUCGGGAGUCAAAUCGGCGCCCCCGAAAUCCUCGUCGCCGUUCCUCAAAUCUGGGCGACGACCAAAUUCGGGCCAAGGCCGAGAAAAGGCAGCCUUUCUUUUUGGAGAGGAGAGUGGAGAGCCCCAAAUUCCAAGCAGUAGAAAGUCUGUGUCAGCUGAGAGCUUCAGUCUGGGACCUAUGAAGGGCGGCGAAGACAAUAAUGAAGAACCGGUCGAUGCUUGA